GCCAAGGGAAACUGUGCACCCCUUCCAGCUGUAAUGUAAACACAACCUACCUCACCACAUAUUUUAUCCACUUAACACCACUUCCUGCUGCUGGAAUGAGCGAUUAAUGAAGGAGAGAGGGAAGAAAGGUCGUUAAAAUGGUGUUCCGAGACUACCUGUGUGACCUUAUUGGUGUUGGGGUCAGUGCCGGCCUGACCUUCACCUUCUACUACCUGUUCAAGACGGGGAGAGAGAUUGUGCACCAUUUAAAGGAUGCAGUAGAGCUGGAGGUGGAGCCCGGGCUGAUCCUGGCGGUGCGUGAGGGUGGUGGUGCGCUGAAUGCCUGUGUGCGGGGGGUGGUGAAGGCCUGCGAGGAGCCCAUACACAGCCUGGCCCGGCCCACCAGCUAUGGGGUGUGCUGGAGACACACCAUUAAAGAACACCUCACGUCGCAGGUGUUUGGGUUCUGGUUGAAUGACAGUUUGCCGCUGUCUACCUCCACAAACAGUGUUCCCUUCAUGCUGUUGAGGAAAGGAGUGGGCGUCAAGAUCAGCGAGCCAGGCAUGUUGGAGGCUGUGGACAUGACGAUAGUGAGCGAGAAAUUUGACGCAGCAAAUUCCUCGUUUUUGGACCAUGUGUGGGGGUGGAUGAAGGGCGUGAGGACCACAGGAACACAGCAUACAGAGGAGAUGCUGCUGGAAGGAACAAGUGUGCUGGGCAUUGGACGGCUUGUGUUAGGAGCAGAGGGCCUGUGUCUUGACCCCUCCGACUCUGUCCCCUACAUGAUCACUACCAGGACUAAGAAGAGUCUCCUUGAGGACCUGCAGGCGCCCCUCCCGUACUUCAGGGCCCUGGGGAUGAUGGCGGCCCUGGGGGGAGCUUACUGUGUCCUGAGGAUGGCUGGCCAGCUGGUGGAGGCAUGGAAGCAGAGAAGAAGACGAAGAAGAGAACUGCGAUUACUUGAAGAGGCGAGAGCUAGACAAGGAACCACUGGAGCUACAAUAGGGGAAAGCGACUUGCCGGAGAGCCUCAUGUGUGUGGUGUGCUGUGGCCUCAGGGAUGUGCUGCUGCUUCCCUGCCGACAUAUGUGUGUGUGUGGGGCCUGCGCGCUGCAACUCCCUGAACCGAGAGCCUGCCCUGUGUGUCGGACUGAGGUGGAAAGUGUGCAGCCUGUGUUUUAUUCGUGAUCUGGGUGUUUUGGGUUUUUUUUUUUUUUUUUUUUUGUGUGUGUG